AUGAUAUUGUCUCGCGGUUCGGAAAGUGAUAAAUCCGUGGUAAUCAUUGGCGACAAAAAGAAAAGUCGAUGGAAUUCGAUUAAAGUGAACAUAUAUCAGAAUGUGAAGGAAUUUUGUAAAAAUACCACUCUGCAUGGCUUGAAUUAUAUGGCGAAUAAGGAUUUAUAUCUGAUGGAAAGAAAAUUUUUCAAUUCAAAAUUAGGGAUUAUUUGGUCACAAUCAUUCCCAGCGCUGACAAUAUGUAACAUGAAUAAAGCGUACAAGGCGAAAAUACAAAAUUUUACCACGGACUCUGUGGAAUAUGCCAUCAUACAAAUGUUGUGCAAACGUAAGGUGAAUGUAACCGUGGCUGAUACCAUUCAGGAUUGGAGCAGCUUGAAUCAAUUUAUAUCUGAUAUUUCGCAACCAUGUGAGAAAAUGUUGGUCUCAUGCCGUUUUGGUGGCAUGGCCUAUGAUUGCCUACGCAUUUUUCAUCCCAUUGUAACGGAUGAGGGUCAUUGCUGUGCCUUUAAUAUGGUCCAUCCGAAAUUUCUCUACACCGAGGGCACCCAAUCUCUGAUAAAAGAAAUCUAUAGCAAUCACAGUGACAUGGAUGAAGCUAUUGCUUGGAAUCCUGAAUUCGGUUACCCAGAGAAAAUGUCUAAACAUUUCUAUCCUAGAACGGCUGCAGGUACUGGAGAAUCAUUGGGUCUGACAAUUGUACUGGAUGCCGAAGUGGAUCAGUACAAUUGUUCCUCAACGAACAGUGUAGGAUUUAAAAUGACCAUGCAUAAUCCCAAUGAGAGACCAAAUGUUCGGGAGGUAGGUCUGCUGUUGGCCGCCGGAUAUGAGACUAAGGCCCGGGUACGCAUGGAAAAAUUGGAGGCAGACAAAAAACUUCAUACCGUCCAUCUGAAACAUCGACAAUGUGAAUUUCAAGAUGAACAUGAGCUAACCUAUUUUGCCACGUAUACCCAAUCGAAUUGUGAAGCGGAAUGCAUUGCCGAAACGCUGAUGCGUCAUUGUGGUUGUCUGCCGCACUAUAUGCCGAAACGUUACGACAACGAAACGGUUUGCAGUAUUUAUGAUAGCGGUUGCGUGGAGCGCAUACGCUUGCAUUCGAUGAACAACGACGACGAUGACAAUGAGCGAGAAUGUGAUGAGGUGUGUCUGCCCAGUUGCUAUGCUUUGAAAUUUUAUGCGGAAUUUUUCUCAACACCCCUGGAACAUGGUGACUUUUGGAGUAAUAAUCCCAGUCUGCAGGGCAUGUCGGAGGAAUAUGUUGAAAGGAACAUUGCCAUAAUGACAAUGUACUAUAAGGACAACUCGUUCCACAGCAAUAAACAAACGGAAUUUUUCGGCAUGACAGAUGUGCUGUCUAACAUUGGCGGUCUCAUUGGUUUGUUUUUCGGCUUUAGUUUCAUAUCAUUGGCCGAAAUAAUAUUUUACACCUUUAUUCGUCCUUGUCGCCGAGUGCGUAAACAGAAAGCGAAAUCAAAAUCCGAUAAAAGACCGAGAAGAUUCAAUGUCAUUGGCAGACAUAGUCCGCGGGCAUAUCGAUUUCGUCGCAAUUAUUUAUCACCAUUUACGGUGCUACCCAUGGAACGAAAAAUUUCGCAAACUUUUAACCCUUAUCCACCACCAAUGACUGUUAAUUUGAUCGAAAUUAGCGACUUGGAGGCUACCAAUAUUUGCAAUAGUAAAUUUGAUUGGCGUAAAAGCAGUAUGGCGUGA